AUGGCGCCCAUCAUCAAUAGCGCAGCCACUCCUGGGACUGUGACUCUGGUCGACGUAGACCAUGUCUUGGAGACACGGCAUUUGGCCCGUGGGGACCGCGAUAUCGUCCUGGUUCCUACGCCCUCAAAUGACCCAGAUGAUCCUCUCAAUUGGAGCCCGAGGAGGAAACUUAUGUCUACAAUUUGCGUGAGCGUCUAUACAUUGUUUUCUGGAAUUGCUUGCUCAGUUGUUUAUUCUGUUCUUACCCCACUCCAUGAGGCCACCGGACUGCCAGUGAGCACAUUGAAUGAGGGCACGGGGUACAUGUUCCUACUGGCUGGCUGGGGGUUGCUGUUCUGGCAGCCAUUUGCGAUGCAAUAUGGCAAGCGGCCAACCUAUAUUUUGUCAUUGAUUGGGAUCUUGGGGGUGACCAUGUGGGGGCCAUAUGCAGGCACAAAUGGACAAUGGAUCGCAAGAAACAUCGUGUCUGGAUUCUUCACGGCGCCAGUUGAAGCUCUUCCCGAGAUAUCUGUCACCGACGUGUACUUCACACACGAACGAGGGACAUACAUGGGCCUGUACGCCUGCUUUUUGGCAGGAAGCAACUAUCUAGCACCGGUGAUUUGUGGCUUCAUUGCCGAAUAUCAAGGUUGGCGAUGGGUUUUCUACUGGCCUAGCAUCUUCGUUGGUUGUGCCGCCAUCUUUUUAUUCUUCUGUUGUGAAGAAACCAACUACGCACGCGAACAUGUCGACCCGCCGGUGACUGCAGUUGUCGAGUCAUCGGCCACGAGCGAGCAUAGCGGCGAAAACGAGAAAUCGGUCCCAGCUGAUACUGAGGCUGCGGAAGUUGGUACGGUUUAUACGAAGAAGUCCUACGCGAAGAAGUUGUCACUUUUGGGACCUCGUCAGAAACAAAAUACAGUGUUUCGAAGAUUUUGGCAGAUCUUAUAUUAUCUUUCCUGGCCUGUCAUUUUCUAUGCUGGUUUCUCUUACGGAUCCUACUUGGUCUUCUUCAACAUUCUCAAUGGCACUGCGUCAAUUAUUCUUGGUGGAACGCCUUACGACUUCAAGUCGUCCAUGGUGGGUCUCAGCUACCUCGCGUGCUGCCUCGGUGUUAUUCUAGGAUCGAUCUUCACUGGCCGCUUUAGUGACUGGCUAACAGUCAAACUUGCCCGGCGGAACAAUGGAGUCAUGGAAGCUGAACACCGUCUUUGGCCAUUCCUCGCAUGUCUCUUCCUUGUGCCUGCUUCUCUCCUCUUGUGGGGAGUUGGAGCCGCCCACGAAGUUCACUGGUUUGGACUGAUUGUUGCCAUGUGCAUGCUCGCUUUCACCAAUACCUGUGGAAUCACACUGAGUGUCAAUUACUUCAUCGACAGCUACCGAGAGCUGAGUGGGGUUGCCAUGGCCAGCGUCAUCCUGGUGCGAAAUACCAUGUCUUUCGCCAUUGGGUAUGGGAUCACGCCCUGGAUUGACAACAUGGGUUACCAGAACUGCUUUAUAUCUGCUGCAUUCAUUGGCAUGGCAUGCGCAUCCGUUUUCCUGUUCAUGAUCAAGUUUGGCAAAACUUUCCGGGAACGUUCUCGCGAGAAGUACUGGAAGCUCGUGCAAGAAAACUGGGAGAAGGGAAUGGGCCAUUAA